CUAGUGAGUCUCUCCUACUAUAUAAGUUCCCUCUCCCCAGCCUGCUCCCAGUUCUCAGUGUUUCUGUGUACCUUGAGGAGCUUCCUGGGAUAUCAUCAUGAAGAUCCUGUUUGCAGCUCUCCUUGCUGUGUUUGUCCUGUCAAACUUUGACAUGGCGGACUCCUCUUCUUAUGAUAAGAUAGUCUACCACAGUAAAGUCAGGGCAAGAAAAGAGGGACCCAACGUGUGCGCUCUGCAGCAGGCCAUGGGGACCAAGAAGAAGUACUUCAGCACGUGUCGUAAUUGGUAUCAAGGGGCCAUCUGUGGAAAGAAAGCGACGGUGCUGUAUGAGUGCUGUCCAGGCUACAUGAAGCUGGAAGGAAUGAAAGGAUGUCCUGCAGUGGCCCCUAUAGACAAUGUGUAUGGUACCUUGGGCCUGGUCAAGGCCAUCUCCACCCAGGAAUACUCUCACAUCUCCAAGCUGCAGGGGGAGAUAGAGGGAUCUGGGUCAUACACCUUCUUUGCUCCCAGCAACGAUGCCUGGGACUUGUUAGAUGAGGAAGUGCGUAGCGCGUUGGUGAGCAACGUUAACAUUGAGCUGUACAAUGCUCUGCACUACCACAUGGCUAACAAACGCCUGCUUACCAAAGACCUGAAGAACGGCCUGGUGGUCGACUCCAUGUACAACGACCUGGGACUCUACAUCAACCACUACUCCAACGGGAUCGUGACGGUGAACUGUGCCAGGAUUAUCCAUGGCAACCAGGUUGCCACCAACGGGGUGGUGCACAUCAUCGACCGUGUCAUCACUGCCGUGGGCAACACCAUCCAGGAUGUCAUCGAGGUUGACGAUGACCUCACCACUCUCAGUGAAGUGGCUCUGGCCUCAGGCCUGCUGGACAAGCUGGGACAACCCGGCCAGUACACCCUGUUCGCCCCCACCAACGAUGCCUUCGCCAAGCUGGACUCAGACGUGCUUCAACGACUGAUGGGUGACAAGGGUGUCCUCCAAGCUCUGCUGAACUUCCACAUGCUGAACUCUGUCCAGUGUUCAGAGGGCAUCAUGUCCGGCCAGACCUUUGAGACCCUGGAAGGCCACAACAUCGAGAUUGGCUGUGACGGGGACAGCCUGACGGUCAACGGCAUCAAAAUGGUGUUGAAGAAAGACAUUGUCACCGCCAACGGAGUCAUCCACCUCAUCGACGAGGUCCUCAUGCCUGACUCAGCUAAGCAGGUGAUGGAGCUGCUCACCCCUUCCCAGUCCACCUUCAGUGACAUGGUGUCAGAGCUGGGUCUGUCUGCAGCCAUGGCAAGCUAGGCAGAAUACACCCUACUGGCCCCGCUCAAUUCUGUCUUCACUGAUGAGGUGAUGGCCAUUGACCAGAGCUUUCUGAAGGUGAUUCUGGAGAACCACAUCCUGAAGGAGAAGAUCACUCUGGGACAGCUGUACAACGGACAGCGCCUGGAGACUAUCGCCGGGAAGUUCCUCAGAGUCUUCAUCUACCGCACAGCGGUGUGCAUAGAGAACUCCUGCCUGGUGCGCGGCAGCAAGGAGGGCAGUAACGGAGCCCUCCACCUGAUGAGGACUCUGAUGAAGCCAGCUGAGACCACCAUGUUCCAGAUCCUCACUGACAACGGAGGAUUCAAGAUCUUCCUGUCACUGAUGGAGAUGGCUGGUCUGACUGACCUGCUCAAACAGGAAGGAGAAUACACUCUGUUCGCUCCCAGUGAUGAGGCCUUCGCUGGCGUCAGCGACAGUGACAUGGCUCUGCUCAGAGGCAAUAUGAACGCCCUGCGUACCAUCCUGCUCUACCACUUCAGUAACGGAGUGUUCAUCGGCGGAGGUUUGGAGACUGGGGUGACCAACCUCCUCAAGUCUCUGCAGGGAAACAACCUCCGAGUGCUGCAUGCUAACAASACAAUCAGAGUGAACACUAUUGAGGUCCCUGAAAAUGAUAUCAUGGCCACUAAUGGAGUCAUUCACUUUGUCAAAACCCUCCUCUACCCCGGAGAGCUGCCUGCUGGAAACUCUGACCUUCUGGGGCUGCUGAGAAGACUCAUCAAGUACAUGGAGAUCAAGUUCGUGUCAGGAUACAGAUAUAAGGAAAUCCCUCUCACAUUCAUGAAGAGGACGAUCGUCACACGCGUCAUUGAGUCAGCGCCUGAUGUGACCCAUGUGACUAGGGUUAUCGAAAGGGAACCUACCAUCACCAAGGUGACCAGGGUGAUUGAGGGACAGCCUACCAUCACCAAGGUGACUAGAGUCAUUGAAGGCGAGCCAAAGUUCACCAAGGUCACUAGAGUCAUCGAGGGAGAGCCCAAGGUCACCAAAGUUACCAGAGUCAUCGAGGGAGAGCCCAAGGUCACCAAAGUUACCAGAGUGGUCUCAGGUCCUCAGUACUCGGCCAGCAGCAGUGGCUCCAGCAGUGGUAUCUCCAACAUUGAGCUGGAAGGUGCUGACUUCUCCCGUAUCACCACCAUCGAGGGAAACCCCUCAAUGCUCGACAUGGACUCUGAAAAAAUCACCAAGUUCAUCCAAGAGGGAAACCCGAGACGAGUAACUGGCAGGAAAAUUCCAGCUGGUGCCAGGAGGAGAGUCAGACCAGAGGGACAAAGAGCAUAAACAUGGACAGACCAGGUGACUAAAGACGCAUCAGCGACCAGAGAGGAACAACAGAGAUAAUGUCAAUGAAUGGUCUCCCAUAAAAGCUCUACACUCCAAAUGAUGCGUGUGUAGACAUACAGAACUUGAACUUAGUGAGACCAGUAAAGCCAUUUGCUAAACAAAACAAAAAUCAUUGAUGCAUGUAUCUAAAGAUAACUAAAAGCCAUCAAUAUAUGUAAAUAGCGUACGCAUAUUUGUGGGUUUUCGGUGUAUAUUAGAGAUGAAAGAUUAGAAGCUAGCCAGGGGUAGCAAAAUAAUCUUUGAAACCAAUCUAUUUGAAGCCUUGACCAUUGGUUGAGGUAAUAAAACAGGAUUUUUAGGAAGAUUUUGUAAUUUACCUCUGCAUGAUAUCGAGUUUGUGGUGCUCACAUAAAAAAAAUAAAAAAAUAAAAAAAAUGUGAUUGCUGUUUUCUGACUGUACCUUAAUUUCUGCAAAUGUUUAUAUUUUUCUACCAGAUGUAAUUUUAGCUCUGAUCUGAGUUUCACAGUAGUGUGUUUGCUCUCUCUUUCUGCCUGACUGUCUGUUAUUCUACCUAGCUAACCAUUCAGAUAUUGAGCUUGUCUUUGCUUUUAGAAGUUUCAAAUGUGCAACACUCUGACAAACUUAACUUUUCACAUAUUCUCAAUAGCUUUUUUUAACUGCAGUUUUCAAACCUUUUUCAAUAAAGUAUAUUCUUGGAUAUGAA